AUGUUCAGGAAUGUGGCAGCCAUCCUUGCACACCUGGCAGGGCUCCUCCAGGGAAAGAAGGCUGGAGCCUCCUCGCUCACCCGGCGCUUGCACCAGACUGUCACCAUGGCCAAGCAGCUGCAGGCCCGAAGGUUGAACGGGAUAGAAAAGAACCCCUGGGUGGAAUUUAACAAACUGACCUAUGAAUAUGAAACCGUGAACCUGGGCCAGGGCUUCCCCGACUUCGCACCCCCAGACUUCGCUUUAGAAGCCUUUCAGCGUGCCGCCAGUGAGGACAUCAUGCUAUUCCAGUACACCAAGGCUUUUGGUUACCCACCGCUGAAGAAUAUCCUGGCAGGUUUCUUUGGGAAACUGCUGGGGCAGGAGAUAGACCCACUUAAGAAUGUGCUGGUGACUGUGGGUGCUUACGGGGCUCUGUUCACAGCCUUCCAGGCCCUGGUAGACAAAGGAGAUGAGGUCAUCAUCAUUGAACCCUAUUUUGACUGCUACGAACCCAUGACAUUGAUGGCAGGGGGUCACCCUGUGUUUGUGUCCCUGAAGCUGAAGUCUUCCCAGGACCAAGAACUAGAUUCCAGCAGCAGCUGGCAGCUGGACCCCACGGAGCUGGCCAGCAAGUUCACAUCUCGAACCAAAGCCUUGAUCCUUAACACACCCAACAACCCUCUGGGAAAGGUCUUCUCCAAGGCGGAACUGGAGCUGGUGGCCAACCUGUGCCAGCAGCAUGACGUACUGUGCAUCAGUGACGAGGUCUACCAGUGGCUGGUCUUUGAUGGGAAGCAGCACAUCAGCAUUGCCAGCCUCCCAGGCAUGUGGGAACGCACCCUGACCAUUGGCAGCGCUGGCAAGACCUUUAGUGUCACUGGCUGGAAGGUGGGCUGGGUCCUGGGCCCAGAUCAUCUCAUGAAGCACCUGAAGACUGUUCAUCAGAACUCUAUCUUUCACUGCCCCACACAGCCCCAGGCUGCAGUAGCCUGGAGCUUCGAGCGGGAGCAGCAGCACUUUGGCAAGCCCAGCAGCUACUUUGUGCAGCUCCCACAGACCACACAGCACAAACGGGACCACAUGAUAAAAAGCCUGCAGUCAGUGGGCCUGAGGCCCAUCAUCUCCCAAGGCAGCUACUUCCUCAUCGCAGACAUCUCAGACUUCAAAAACAAGAUGCCCAACUUGCCUGGUGAUGCGGAUGAGGCCUAUGACAGACGCUUCGUCAAAUGGAUGAUCAAAAACAAGGGCUUGGCGGCCAUCCCAUGCUCCGUCUUCUGCAGUGAGCCACAUCAGAAGCACUUUGACCACUACAUCCGUUUCUGCUUUAUAAAGGAUGAUGCCACACUCCAGGCCAUGGAUGAGAAGCUGCAGAAAUGGAAGGCUGAGCUCACGCCCUGA